UUAUUAAAAAGUGAAAGUUUUUAGUCAACGACGACGACGACUACGAAGCCAGUCUCAGCCUCAGUCGCCACCGCUGCCGCUGCCCCAGCCGCAGCCUCAGCCGUUUCCACAAAAUUACCAGAGGGAGAAAAGAAAUGCAAAAACAAUCCACUACAAGUCUGCGAAACAACAAAACAAAACAAAACAAAUCCGCAAAAGCCCCAAGAGCGAAGAGAACCCAGAGUGGGCACAACUGAAAGAGAUAGCCAGGGAUUGGCAAGAGCAAUAGAGCUACCUGAGAAGAGAGUGAGAGAGAGUGCGACCAAGAUCCACACUGGGGCAUAACGGUCCCCCCUCAUAUUAUCGGUGGUGUGUGGAGGAGGGUACUAACCGAAAUCGAGCUGUGGCGCAUCCCUUUUUUAUGCGUGAAAAUGUUUUAAGCUCCAGCUCAGCCACGGCUACCAACGGUCGAAACAGGAAUGGCGGUGGGGUGGCCAGGAAGAUCUAUCAACAUCAUCCUCACCCCCAUCAGCAGUACCACCCACCUUAUUACCACCAGCAGCAGCUUCAACAUCCACACCACUACCACCACCAACAGCAUCAGCAGCAAUACCAGCAGCACUACUAUCAUCACCGCAGCUUCUAUACCCCGAUGCCGAUGCAGAUGCCGAUGCCAUAUUGUUCGCAGCGCCCCCCCGGCUGCCCCGUCGCCAAUUGGAGAAACCCAUGUCCCAUUACCGUCAAUCCACCGCCACAGAGGCCCUGGCUGCCACUGGCCAAGCCCAACAAAACGCGACCAGCCUGCAUUUUCACGGUCAUGUGCUACAACGUGCUCUGUGACAAGUAUGCGACGCGGCAAAUGUACGGGUACUGCCCCUCGUGGGCGCUCUGCUGGGAGUACAGGAAAAAGUCGAUUAUUGACGAGAUACGGCACUACUCGGCGGACAUCAUCAGCCUGCAAGAGAUCGAAACGGAGCAGUUCUAUCACUUUUUCCUGCCGGAGCUGAAGAACGAUGGGUACGAGGGGAUCUUCUCGCCGAAAUCCCGAGCCAAGACGAUGUCCGAGCUGGAGCGGAAGUACGUGGACGGGUGUGCGAUAUUUUUCAGGGCGUCAAAGUUCACCCUGAUCAAGGAACACCUCAUUGAAUUUAACCAACUGGCAAUGGCCAAUGCCGAGGGUUCGGACAACAUGCUGAACCGUGUGAUGCCAAAGGAUAACAUCGGGCUGGCGGCUUUGCUAAAGGUGAAGGAGAACGCGUGGGAGCCAAUGUCCGAGGUGACGCAGAUCUCGCAGCCGCUGCUGGUGUGCACGGCGCACAUCCACUGGGACCCCGAGUUCUGUGACGUCAAGCUCAUCCAAACGAUGAUGCUUUCCAACGAGCUGAAGACGAUCAUCGAUGAGGCGAGCCACAGCUUUAGGCCGGGUCACAAAAACGACUCGAACAGCGUGCAGCUGCUGCUGUGCGGCGACUUCAACUCGCUCCCCGACUCGGGAGUGGUGGAGUUCCUCGGCAAGGGACGCGUCUCCAUGGACCAUCUCGACUUCAAGGACAUGGGCUACAAGUCGUGCCUGCAGCGAUUGCUGUCGAACGACACGAACGAGUUCACGCACUCCUUCAAGCUGGCCUCCGCCUACAGUGAGGACAUCAUGCCGCACACCAACUACACGUUCGAUUUCAAGGGGAUCAUCGAUUACAUCUUCUAUACGAAAACGGGAAUGGUGCCGUUGGGACUACUGGGCCCGGUGUCGAACGACUGGCUGCGAGAAAACAAGGUGGUGGGAUGCCCCCAUCCACACAUACCCUCCGAUCAUUUUCCUCUCCUGGUCGAACUGGAGCUGAUGCACACGGCUAGCCAACAGGCGCCCCCCAACGGGCUGAUCAACCGACGGUAGCAAUAGAAUCGACGCGGCAGACCCACCACCAGCCACAGCAACAGCACCACCGCCAUCAUCCCCAGCGGAAGUGGUUCUGGGACUGGGACUGGCACUGGACCUGGGUGUGGAGGUGUAGGAGCUAGUGGAAAUGUUGGAAUAGUGAUCCCAGGCGGCGGCUACAGGGGACGCAGCAGCAGUCACAGCGGAAGCCAUUUACUAGCCGCUGCUCUGGGGCCGAGAAAAUCAAACAACCUCCAGAUGCCCGCGGAAAAGUAGUUUUCUGCGUGGAGUGGAUCCAAAUACUAACACCCACUGCCCACAUCCCUCCCAUUCCCAACCGACGUGGCGAUCUGCUCGCAAGAAGAUUCAAUUUUAGUUAGAUACGACCUAAAGUUUGAUGUGAACCACAGCUCCCUCUUAGUCUACCAAGCCCCGUACCAAGCACCCCACCAACCACACCAUCUCCCUAAGAUCCCUAAGUUAUAAGAUGACGACGUUGCUAAGGCUUGGCCGCUUUGUGCGCUGGAUCGCAAAGUGCGUUGGCCGACGCAACCGCAAUUUAUCCGAUCGCAAUCACCAGAAUCAGGAGGAUCAACAACAUUCAAUUGAUGCCACUUCUCUUCCGCGCUUCUCGUUUUGAUUUUAUCAACUUUACGUUUUCACACAUCGAAUAAAUCCGUAUAUUUAAACAGUCCUACAUAGAUCAAUAGAUAAGUUCUUGCAGCAUCCCCAAGUCCCUCAUAGCGAACCAUAAGUUUAAGCGCAAUUUGUUUGACAAAAAUUAUCCAAAGUAUCAUUCUUCAACCGCGUAUUCAUUAAGCGAAAAGUUAAAAUAAAAUUUGUAAAAAUUAAACGAAAACAGUAAAACACGUUAUAUAGAAAUGCAA